AUAUAUAUCGUACCCUUCAAAACUUGACUCUUUCUACAUAUCUGGUUUAUCCCUUCGUUCAGUUUCAACUAGCAAAGUAACCCUGUUAUUAAAGUCAUCUCCUCAUUCGAGCAUACAAAACAAACUCGAAUCGGUUGAAAAUUCCAAAAAAAAUAUCUCUCGAUCUAUGGAUAAUCAAGCCUACAAUUAUUGCUUGGACUUUUCGAAUUUUUACGAGGCCAGAAGUGCAAAAAUAAAACCGAUUUGCUCAUUUCUCCAAGUUUCCGACAUGAAUCAACGGACAAGCGACAGCAAUACCUCGUUAUUAGUAAACGAGGAGGUGUCACAACAGGAUAAGCGCACGGCACGAGAGAUGGGAGGUGAAAUGUCUUCUCAAGCCUAUCUAGAGGACCUAAAAUGGCCAACGAAGAACCUUUCAAAGCAGCAACAGCAGAAGCCUUCCAUCCUGGACCAGACCCAGGCUCAGGAGCGUAUGUGCGCGAACAGAUCCGGCUGUGGUAUGCACCGUAGCUAUCAUCCAGGCGAUUACCUAGCACAACAGCCGCAUCAGUGUCAGAAGUAUAAGAAUUUAAAUCAGAGUCCUGCCAAGAAACAGCAGACUUCUCGGGAUCCUCAACAACAGCAGCCGCAGCAUCAGUGUCUGGAGCAGAGAAGCCAGACUCCUUCCAUGCCGAGUCAGUGUCUCCAGACUUCAUAUCCGAAACUUCAUCAAGAACAGGCACAGCGUCAUGACAGCCCGAAAAACAAAUCUUCAAUCAGAGCCAGCUCCAAAGAGCCCUCCAACACAGCAAGUGGCCAACCUUAUUCAUGCUCGAGCAAUACGGACGAGGAGAAUUUAGCCGAUAAACGUGAUGAACGUGAUCAAAAUAAAUCAAAUAAGUACAUGGAAUUCGUGCCUCAGCACUAUUCGCAUCAGCAGCAGCACCCACAUGAACAGUAUCGGACGGCUUUUCGUCAGAAUUCUCCUCAACGCAAUCAAAGCCAGAAGAAAGCACCCAUAAGCAAAACUAAAGACGUCCUAUCGCCGUGUCCUCAUCAGUACAGUCCGCUAAAGCUAAAUAAACUUUCUAAGAAAACGGACGUGACAGAUUUUGACCAAUAUAUUAAGGAACUUGAUAAAAACGCAUCGUACAAGUACAAGGAAUAUGCCCCUAAACUCGGUCAGAGUCCACCCCAUCUUCAUAAGCACAGACAGGAGCAUUAUCAAAUGUAUUCAACGUCACGUCAGAAGGUCGAAAAACAGCAGCUGUAUCCGAUUCAUCUACAGCAGCAAUCAUACCCGAAUCCAUGUGAGAAUACUUGUGAAAAGCCGUCACAACGUAAUCAAAGCGAGAUGCAAGCUAAGGAUAUCCCAUUGUCGACUCCUCAUCAAUACGGUGAUCUCCCUGUGCCGGAUAAGUGGGGUAGAGAGAUUGGUGGGGAACUUCUCGCUAAGACUCGGACUCGGAGCGACACCUCCGAGAAAAACCGCGAAGAUUCCACAGUAAAACAAAAAAAAUAUAACAAAUGCGGAAGGUGCAGUGUCGAGAACGGCACGGACAGUACCUCCACAGGAUCGUCCGGGAACGAGCUGUGUUCCAUUGUCCGGGACGAGCUGUGUGCGUUGGUCCGGAACGAGAGUGAAAUUCAGUCGGUGUUCGGUGAACUGUCUGAUACUGUGAUCUGUCAUGUGAAGGACUUUUUGUGUGGGCUGUCAACAACUGACAAUGUUCCCCCGGACGAGUAUAUGAAAGAGAGUGUAUCUACAAAGGCACCCAAGAAUUCAGCCAUAGAUGAUGUCCUGGAUACCAAGAGGCAGGAGUCAUAUCAAACCCAAAAAAAAGCAUCUCCUAUCAAAGGCAUAUUAAAAGCUCAAAAAGUCCAAAUGCCGCAAAAUCCAGGGCUAGACAGAAAAAAAGUCGCGGAGCUCCAGUCUGUGCUUCAGAAUCCUACUCAGCGUAUGUAUCAGGAUCUUACCAAAGAGAAGAGACAGGAGUCGUAUCGACAGGCUUCGCAACAUUCCCAUCGUACCUCGAAGCUGAAGGGUCAAAAGAAUCCUCAACAGAAGCAUCCAAAUCAGCAAAUCGCGGACUUUCCUCCAUUCUCGCGCUUCGGCGAUACGCCUGAGGAUGAUUCCGAAGAGUGUAAUUUCGGAGUGGAUAAGAAGGCACGCAACAAGUUCAUGGAAUGUUACGGUAAAGGCUUCCCAAAGGACAAACCCAAGCACAGGCAGUCCGGUGCCGGGCAUGAGGUAUUUUCCAUGGCCAGUAGCAGCUCGGUAUCGACUUCGAUCAGUGCCAAGAGCGGGCACGAGCUGCGUGCCAUGAUCCUGGACGAGAUGCAAUUGCAGUCGGUGCGUGGUGAUCAAACAUCCAGGCCACGAUAUAAGGAUCUUGAAGAGAAAGUUUCCACACUUUCAGACUUGAAUCCGCCCAGAGAUGACACCCAUCCUUGUUCAAACGUGUCCAAGUUUCAGGAUAUGAAGGAAACAAUGUCCACACCCAUCGGUUCCCUCCCGAAUUUGGCCAUAGCUGUUCAUGCGCCCACCACUGAAUCAUUUAAGGGUUCCACAACAGAUGAGAUGCCACAAAUCGAGGGCAGUAUGAGUGUAGCUGAUUUAGUGAGCUACAAGGUAAUCACUCCCAUGAUCAUGAAGAUACGCAAAAGGUGUAUGACCCAUAUGCAGAAUGAGAUGCAUCUCUUGAAGUAUCUGGAGACGGUGCCGCGCCUUGUCGGUCAGAUUUACAUGGACAACAUCACGAUGGAACAGAGGAAACUCUAAAAAUGUUUAGUCACUUUUGAUUCGAUGAUACCUUUUUAUAUAUUUUAUAAUUAUUGUAUUAAAUAAAGAACAAACAUCCAAG